AUGCCGAGCUUCGAUUCGGGUACAGCAGCUCUCAGGUUCACGAUGGAGAUGGAAUAUACGCAAGAUGUGUCGCCAGGAUUCCUCGUUCCUACUCCUUCCUUCCGCUACUCCCCAGUCCCCAUCGCCAGCGGCGACCUUUCCAGCAAGACACCGACCCCGCCCGCGGAGCCAGUCUUGAAGGCGUCGACCCCUCAACCCCGAACAAAUCGUGUUAAGCGACCGCAUACAAAAUCCCGAGGAGGAUGUUUCAAUUGCAAAAGUCGGAGGAUCAAGUGUCAGGAAACAAAGCCGGCGGCGAAGCCUGGUGGCGAGCCGGACACAGUCUCAGAUACAGAGAUCCUCGCACUCGGCAUCGCCACGAUCUGGAGAACUUUCGUCACCGAGUCCGGGGGCAUCUCCAGUGUCAACAAUGCCAUUCACUGGAGACGAUCUGCGGUUUUGGCACCACUUUCUCAUCGACGCGCGGCCGCAUCUUCCGUUUGGUAUCCCCAGCUCCUGCCGACAAUUCUCUAA